AUGUCAAGUAAGUCAAUGACCAGUAAUGUGACCAAUAAAAAUGACCCCAAGUCCAUCAACUCCAGAGUCUUCAUUGGUAACCUAAACACAGCCAUUGUGAAGAAGGCAGAUGUGGAGGCCAUCUUUGGCAAGUACGGCAAGAUAGUGGGGUGCUCUGUACACAAAGGAUACGCAUUUGUGCAGUACGUAUUUGAACGGAAUGCCAGAGCAGCAGUGGCGGGGGAACACAACAGGAUAGUGGCUGGGCAGCCAUUGGAUAUAAACAUGGCUGGGGAACCCAAACCAUACCGACCCAAGGCAGGACAGAAGAGACCCAUCAGUGCUUUGUAUGGUGGCUAUGACUUUGACUACGACUAUUACAGAGAUGGAUUCUAUGACAGGAUGUACGACUACCACAGAGUCCCCCCGCCAAGUCGGGCAGUGCCAGCUGUCAAACGCCAGCGCGUCAUGGUCUCUGUUCCCCGGAGAAGCAAGGGCAGCUUCCCCAUCAAGAGUGGUCCACGGUCCAGUGCUACCACAACUCCAUCAGCUGGGACAAAAUUGAAAGCUGAUGACCUGCAGACAAUAAAGAGAGAGCUCACCCAGAUAAAGUAUCGCAUCGAUGGAUUACUGGACAGUCUGGACAGGAUGGAGAAGCAGCGCAAAGCUCCACCAGAGGUGAAGACAGACACUGCAGUCACGACAGAGCGUAACCCCGGCGAUGGAGCGGCGGAUAAUGCUGAUGAUGCAACAGCAGACGAACAGACGGAGGGCGACACAGUGGAUGGCGGAGAGCUGGAAGGAGAUGAGAUCCUUGAGGAAGUUGAUGGAGUGGAGGAGGACUUUGAUGAGGAAGGCACGGAUGAGCUGAUGAAUAAUCACACUUCGGAUACAUCAGACACACAAUAGAAACAGGCCUUGCGAGCAGCAGGGUUCAGUGAAUAGCAGCCAACAGGGAAUCCAGAUGACAAACAAGAUAAGAAGCAAAAAG